UUGAUCAGCAUGGAAGAACUGUAUGAAAAGGCUGAUGCCUUAUUUGAGCUGGAGAACUAUACUGACUGCUACAACUUGUUGGUGGAUAUUGAAGAAUGUCAUCAGGUUGCUGAUGUAUAUUGGAGAUUGGCUCGCUGCCUUUAUUAUAAGAAUCACAGUGAAGAGAAGAGACCAUCAAAAUCUCAGCUCAAAUUGGUACUUACCGAUAUACACCGCUACGCGAAAACUGGAGUUGAAUUGGAUCCCAAAAAUUCAAACUGUUGUGUUUGGUAUGGUAUAGGUGUGGACGAACUGGCCGGUUUGGAUGGUGUUCACGAGCGGCUUAAGCACUCCCCAGUUUCUCAUUACUACUGGACGAAGGCCAUUGAACUGGACCCAAACAACUUCUUAGCACACAGCGAAUUGGGGAUUUGGUACUUCAUCGUAUCUGAUGUUUCGGAGGUUAUCCGAAAAUUUGAGACGGUCUUCUACACUAGUCCCCCUAUUGCAACUUACGAGGAAUCUCUUGCAUCUCUUUUACGUUGUGAAGAAUUGUGUCCCAGACACCUGAUUCGAAAUAUGCUUUAUCUGGCAAAAUGCUACAAGGCUUUGGGGCAGUACGAUGAAUCUCUGGCCUUCUGCAAAUUAGUGAUAGAAUAUCAAGGCAGUGGUUAUGAUGUAGAGGAGCUUCUUCUGUUAGUGUCACGAACAACGCAUACCGCAAGUACUAGUAAAAGGAGAAAACCCUUCUCUGCGAACUCAUCUGUUAGCAGACAACGACUGAAGCAGUUACAAGCUAUUGGACAGAAUGAGUCUCAUAUGCAC